ACAUAUUCUCCCCCACCCAAUCACUGCGAAAAACAGGCAGCAAAACACACAUUCCUUCGUGGGGUCAUUAUCAUAAGGAAUAGUUGCUCCUCCUUUGUGAAUUCUGAGGCUUUCCUAUUGAACUGCAAGAUCUGCUGUUUUUCUCAACAGAUCUCUCUCCUCACAUUGAUAUUUCUGUGCAAGGAAGGGGUAACACAUUUGGGACUCUCACAAGGACUGAAGAACAAAAACUGGGCUGUGACGUACACUGCUACACUGUUCAGAACAGAGACAGCCAUGAAAAAGCUAAUUGUUCUUUUCGUUGGUGUAUCGGUCCUUUUCCUGGGAUAUGGAGGUGCUGAAGAAAAUCAAGAAUUUAUACAUAAGGAUAAAGAACGCACAAAGAGACAGAUCCCAGAAAAGUUGACUGUAACUACAAUCUUGGAACAGCCCUUCGCGAUGACGAGUAGCUCAGAGAUGGAAGGAUUCUGUGUAGACUUGCUUUCUGAACUCUCACAGUCUUUGGGAUUUAAUUACACAAUUAAUGUAGUAAAAGAUGGACGAUACGGAGCUAGAGACCAAGAUGGAAACUGGAAUGGAAUGGUUGGAGAGAUUAUUAGAAAGGAAGCCGAUUUGGUUGUAGCUCCUUUAACAAUCACCUCUGCUAGAGAAAAAGAGAUAUCUUUCACCAAACCCUUCUUACAAACUGGAAUCAGUAUACUGCUGAGGAAGGAAGCAACUUCAGAGAGCUCAAACUUCUUUGGAUUCUUAAACCCCUUCAGCAGAGAGACAUGGAUUGGGAUAGUGACUGCUUACUUGGUCACCAGUCUCUGUCUAUUCCUUGUUGGCAGGUUAAGUCCUUGUGAAUGGGCCGACACUUCCAGUGAACAAAACCAGUUUACCUUUUUAAAUAGUCUUUGGUUUGGAAUCGGAGCUUUCACUUUGCAAGGUGCCCAACCUCAUCCAAAAGCUGUUUCGGCCAGAAUAAUAGCCGUUAUCUGGUGGGUGUUCUCCAUAACCCUGUUGGCUGCUUAUAUCGCCAGCUUUGCGGCAUUUUUAAACGUCGGAACAGAACAAACCACACAAAUUCAAACCUUCGAAGAUCUGGUCAAACAAAGAAAACUUGAGUUUGGAACAAUCAACAGCUCCUCCACGUUCCAGUUCUUUAAGAUAUCUAAGAAUCCAACCUACCAAAUGAUUUAUGAGCAGAUGGAAAAAAAGAAGGAUUUGGUUCUAGUAAAAUCUUUCUCUGAAGGAGUUCGACGAGUAAUGGAAAGUAAUUACGCCUUCCUGGGAGAAUCCAUUAUGCAGGACCUUGUUGUGGCCAGACACUGCAAUCUUGCCCGUGCACCAGAAGUGAUCGCUGGUAGAGGAUAUGGCAUUGCUGCCACACUGGAUUCUCCACUCAUCAAACCUCUGUCUAUUGCCAUAUUGGAAAAAAUUGAAUCUGGCAACCUAGAUUACCUGCGUCAAAAGUGGUGGGAAAACAGCUGUCCAACGAAAGGCAGUUCCGGAUGGACCCCAGUUCAACCACACACCUUAGGUGGAAUCUUUCUUAUACUGGGCAUUGGCUUGGCUUUAGGUCUAAUUGUGUCUUUGAUUGAACUGAUGUGCAAAGCAAAGAACAAUGCAGAUCUGCAGCAGAAGUCCUGUUGCUCUGCUUUCUCAGAGGAAAUAAGUCAAAGGAUUGGAGCAAGAAAAGAAACCCAAGAGAAUUCAGAAAAAGUUAAACCCUAAGCAGCUUUUAUGUCGAUAACCUCCUCCCCCCCUUAAACAUUUUCAGCUGCAGCUUACAUUUUGCUUGCAUGUACAAGAGUAUUGUUCUUUCUUCAUUUAAACGAACGGUACAUAAACAUUACUGCGCUAUUUUUUGCAAGUAGUUUGUAUAAUUCGAGGAUGUAGGAAAAAAAAAUAAGAUUUUAACAUUUUGCCCUAUGCAGGGACUCCUUUAGUAACAUAUAACGAAACAAUUAUCUGCGCCAGCUCACAAUCACUGCCAUUAUAUACAUAAUCACAUUACCUAGUACUCUUGUAAAGUAGUAACCAACUAUGUGAUGUUUUCGAUCUAAAAAGUCCGGAGGAAAUAUUGAAAGCACCAAUUUAUUUUCAGAACAUCAGAUGUAUCACAUAAGAUCUUAAUAGUCCUUUAAGGAUUUAAUUAGACCAACUUGCUAAAAAGAAAUUAAUAUGCUAUUCAAUAAACUCUUUAUAGGGCAUUGAAAUCUGAGUUGCAAAAUGAAGUAUAGCAAAUCCAAGCAAUGACAAUGGCUUACUUGUAGAAUGUUUUUAUAUGAGCUAUUUUUUGCCUACAUUUUGGAAUUCUGAUUUGAAGUCACUGAUUUGGUGUAAAUACACCUUUUAAAAACUUUUUAUUCUCUGGUAUAUCGUACACCAUUAUUAUCAUACCUACAUAAUGGCAAAGCCAGCUUGAGUUAGAACUUUCAAUACCAUAUGGGUGUCCAAUGAGUAAUGGAUACAUUAAUACUAUAAGCUCAGGCUCAAAAAAAAUGAGUAGAUGGUUGUAAUAGUGUUUAUAGAAACACAGUUUGUAUUGUAGAGCGAUAGUGAUUUGCUACAUUGAAGUGAAUUAACUAAAAUGUGGUGUAAGUACAUGGCUUGUCCGUAAAACAAAUAUCAACUUUACUGAAAUGAUUCCAGAGUAAUCAUAGUUUAAACCCUUUGUUAGAUGCAUGUUUUUCUAUCAAAUAAUAUGUGACGAUUUACUAUGUGUGUAAUAGAGAAUCUGCUCGCUUGUUAAAUUAGUAUUUCCAGAUUCCGUUUAAACAAUAAACAGUGUUAAUGAUCCUCGUUUACAGAAAUGCUUUGUAUAAAAUUUGCAUAGGUUGUCAUUCGAGCCUGUUGAUGCAUUUUACAAUCUCAUAGAACAUUUGCAUUUGUGGUGUGGAAAUGUGCCAAGUUAUAGGAUGAACUCGGAAUUAAUCUACACAGAAAUACAUUAUUUGAACCACAAAGUUAAAACCAAGAUAGCAUUCAGUAUUAACCGAAGUAACUAGGAAGAAAGACGAGUAUGUGAAGAUGCACCUUUAAAUAAAGUUGUAAAGACAUGAUAGAAUCUGAAGAUUUUGAAGUAUAGUGAAUACACAUCUUACAGGGUUUUUCACUAAACUCGGAUUUGGCUAAAUUGAAGAUAGCCAAUUUGUAUAUGUCUGAGCAAUUCAGAGGCCAAUUACUAAACUCUGCAAUUUACCACACUGCCUCCAAAUUGAUCUGAGAAACCAUUUGAACCAGACAGGUUUGCCAUAAUAAUGCCAAAAAUCCAGCAUGGUCAACCAAUCAAUUUCCAAAUUGUAUCUCCUUAUAAAAGAGCAUAGUCUUAAACAGGGAUGCCCAAAAGGCAGAACCCCAGAUGUUGUAGUACAGCUCCCAUGAUGCUUUGCAUGCCUUUAGAAUUCUUUUUGAAUGACAAAGCAUCAUGGUAGCUGUAGUUCUACAACAUCUGGAGAUCUCUCUUUUGGGUACCACUGCUCUAAAAGAAAGAUACAAUACCCAGAGUAGCUUUAAAAGAAAUGUUAAACAAAUGCAAGCACUGUAAGAUCAUUUUAAAGCAGUUGAAUUUGAUUGCUAAUAAAUUAGGUAUGGUUCAAAUACCAUACUUUGUAUCAAUCCAGCCAGCAACAGAAUUGUUCUGAGCCAGAUGAACACAUUCACUCCAUCUCCCCAAAUUAACGCAUGAGUUGAGCUUACUAAAUAUCAGAGUUUCAAUUUUUGCAAAAUCUGGCAAGUCCCAUAGAAUUAAGCAAAUCUGGGAUGUAUUCUGUUAGUUAACAGAAAAUCAAACUGUUAAAACGGGACUAUAAUUGCGGAGUUCUAACAAAUUGGGACUUCUUUUUCAGCUUUGACAUAAGCCUUUCAAUUCUGUUUUCACUUCACCACAUUUAACUAUUUAGUGACCACCCCAGUGUUAAGACCUUACUUUUUAAACACGGGUGCAUUUAAUGAAUCACUGUUUUCAUUCAUUGGGUGUACAUUACUAAAAUAAAUGUAACAUCGAAGUAAGCUACAUGUAUUAAAAUGUGUAAUGAUUCUGAA